AAGGUGCAGAUUGAUGAAGCGGAGAUGCACUACCUGGUUAUUAUUUUAAUGCUUGUAUCCUCUGAGUUUCUCCACACAUUUCAAUUCUAGGGUUACCAGUUACAGAAAACAUCUUUCUCACAAUCUCAAUUAAAAACUGAAAAGGCCCAUCUUCAUCUUCAUCUUCAUCUUCAUCUUCAUCACCACCAUACAAGAAGAGCAAUCCAUAUCUAUCCUCAAACCUAAUACCAGAAUCUCUGUAAAGCUAGGAAAGAACCUUACUUGUCUUCUCCUCUCCUCUUCUCCAGCUAGUACUAAUUUUCUUCUUUCCUUUCUUGUGGAGGGGUAUUUUGGGAAAUGGGGAAAUCAGGUGGUAGGAGAAAGAAAGGUGGGAACAAUCCUCCCACUUCAGGCGAUGCUGUUGUUUCCCAUUCUGCCCCUCCUCAUGCCACUGCUGCUGUUGCUGCUGCUGCCAAUGGUGUAGAUUUGGAUUCCUCCAUAUUCUUGAAGCGGGCCCACGAGCUCAAAGAAGAAGGAAACCGUCGCUUCCAAUCAAAGGAUUAUGCUGGUGCCCUCCAGCAGUACGAUCUCGCUCUUCAGCACACCCCCAAGACCCAUCCCGACCGCGCCAUCUUCCACAGCAACCGCGCCGCCUGCCUCAUGCAGAUGAAGCCUGUUGACUACAACAUGGUCGUUGCCGAGUGCUCCCUCGCCCUCCAGGUCCAGCCCCGAUUCGGUCGUGCUCUCCUCCGCCGUGCCCGUGCCUUCGAGGCCCUCUCCAGGUACGACAUGGCUAUGCAGGACGUCCAGGCCCUGCUCACUGCUGACCCCAACCACCGUGAUGCCCUUGAGAUCGCUCGCCGCCUGCGGGUUGCCCUCGGCCCCCGCCAGGAGGCCCAGCAGGAUCUCCAGAGCCAACCGUCCCCUGCUGCUCUUGGGGCCUCCGCUGUCCGUGGAGCCCCAAUUGGUGGGCUCGGCCCCUGCUUGCCAGCCCGCACCGCGCCCAAGAAGGCUGUGGCAUCCAACAAGCAUGAUAAACCACUCUCCCCCACCAAAACCCAACAACCUAUUUCCCCCUCAAAUGGGCCGGAGCUGAAAUCAAUGCCCAGAGCUGUUUUGAAACCUUUCAAAGGUACUUCAGAGCCUCUUGCAUUCCCAGAUAAGGAUAAUAAGGAUCUUCCAUUGCAGUCAUCCUCUUCAUCAUUGCCACUGCGCCCUUUACGUGCGCCUUCUGUUCCCGUGGUUACUCAAUGGAGGCCGUUGAAACUCAUUUACGACCAUGACAUAAGGCUUGCCCAGAUGCCGGCAAAUUGCAGUUUUAGAGUGCUGAGAGAUAUAGUAGCAAAUCGGUAUCCCUCAUCAAAGUCCGUUCUGGUCAAGUACAAGGAUAUGGAUGGCGAUCUAGUGACUAUUACCAGCACGGACGAACUCAGGCUAGCAGAGUCCUGCAUUGAUGGGCUUGCACCGAAGGAGAAAAACGAAGCGUCGGAAAUGAAUAAGAGUGAUGCCCUUGCUGUUUUGAGGCUGCAUGUUGUGGAGGUGAGCCCUGAUCAGGAGCCACCCUUGGUUGAAGAAGAGGAGAAGCCAGUACAAGAACCAUCAGUAGAGGAUGAGGUGAUAAAGGGUGAUCAAAGUGUCACCCAUUCAUCUACAGGUGAUUCGGUGUUGGAAGGUAUGGACAAUGAGGCCAUUAAGACUGGUUUGGAAGAAGACGCUCCAGCAGAGAAGACGGGAGGCGAAGCUAAUCACACUGAGUGCAAGGAAGUAGAGAUUGAUGACUGGCUGUUUGAAUUUGCUCAGUUGUUCCGCACCCAGGUUGGCAUUGACCCAGAUGCGCAUAUUGACCUGCAUGAGCUUGGGAUGGAACUCUGUUCAGAGGCGCUCGAGGAGACUGUGACGAGUGAAGAAGCACAAAGCCUCUUUGACAUGGCUGCUUCUAAGUUCCAAGAGGUGGCGGCACUAGCAUUCUUCAAUUGGGGAAAUGUUCAUAUGUGUGCGGCUAGGAAGCGCAUACCAUUGGAUGAGUUGGCCCCAAAGGAGGUGAUGACAGCCCAACUUGAAGCUGCUUAUGAUUGGGUUCAGGAGAGGUAUUCUUUGGCUGGACAGAAAUAUGAAGAGGCCCUCCGGAUCAAGCCAGACUUCUAUGAGGGGUUGCUUGCAUUAGGACAGCAGCAUUUCGAGACUGCGAAGCUGCGAUGGUCUUUUGCUCUGGCUAACAAGGUCAACCUGGAAACUUGGGACUCCACAGAGACAAUUGGGCUUUUCGAUAGUGCGGAAAUGAAGAUGAAAGCUGCUACUGAGAUGUGGGAAAAGCUGGAAGAACAGAGGGCAAAUGAGCUUAAGGAUCCUAGUGUGAGCAGAAAGGAUGAGUUGUUGAAAAGGAGGAAGAAACAUGGCACGGGCACUGAUGGUCAGCCCUCCGGAAAUGGUCAGGGGGAGCUAUCGGCUGAGGAAGCAGCGGAACAAGCGGCUGUGAUGAGAUCUCAGAUACAUCUUUUCUGGGGAAACAUGCUUUUUGAGCGUUCUCAAGUUGAAUUCAAACUUGGGUUGGAGGGUUGGGAAAAGAAUCUGGAUGCUGCUGUUGAGAGGUUUAAGCUUGCUGGGGCUUCUGAAGCUGAUAUUGCUGUUGUUCUGAAAAACCAUUCAUCCAAUGGUGGAGCUGGUGUAGAAGGUGAUGGCAAAAAUAUCACGAGCGGAAGCACAGAGAUCACUGAAACAAAUGGCAAAGCUGAGGUUAAGCAUGUACCAGAAAGGUGACUUUUUAAUUAACCUAAGCAUGCUUGGUGAGUGCUGAUGAAGGCCAUUGAUUUUGUCAAUCUGAUUUCAUGGAAAAGCUUGGACGGGAGAAAGGAUUGCCUUUUCUAAGAGUUUCUAUCAAAGUAUGGUGUUUCGUGUAAGCCUGAUCGUUGUGUGGGUUUUAGAUUUCCCUUUUGAAGGAGAAUUUGAUGUCAUCAGAACAGGAAAUUGCAUCCAAUAUUGCUAAUGGAGAAUGAUUAGUUGCAAAUUACUCAUGUACAUGCAUAAAUGCAUGCACGAUGUGAUGAUUUUUGAGAAUGUUGAGAUGUAUGUAUGUGAAGACUUGGAAGGAUAGAUUUAUGAAUUAGGUCAUCCAAAGCAGCCUAGCAGUACUCUUAGUAAGAAAUAGAAUGGCGGGGAAUGAUCUGAGACUAAGUUGCAUGAUUUUCCUAACUAGAUGCAACUCUUGCUUUGAAUCGUGCUUUGGACUUGCACUUCCACUUCUGCUUCCUACUUGUUUAACAGAUGAAAUCAUUUUGAAAUAGAUGCUUUCCCCCUUCCCCACCCAAAUCUAUAAGCACUUCGCUUCACACUUCAUGCAAAUAUAGACUAAGAUGACUUGGUCAUGGGUAUUAAGGCUAGAGAUACCCCCUGAUUGUGGUUAGUAGCUUGAAAAGAGAGGAUGGGAAGAUUCGUGAGAGAGAGAGAGAGAGAGAGAGAGAGAGAGAGAGAGAGAGAGAGUUGGAAUCGAGGUGUUGAGAAGGGGUGUGAAUGUAUGCCUACUUACUGAUGAUAGGGCCUUAUAUAGGAAUGACUAUCAAAACAAGAUUUGUAAAGCCGCAUUAAGCUGGGAGCCUGGAACAAGGCUAUAAUGAUGAUGUUGAUGGCGGCUGCAACAGUGGGGAGAUGAUGAUGAUGAUUGCAUUUAUGUAUUGAAGAUGAUACCUUCUCCUCAAGGAUAUAAUUGGGACCCUCAUAGGAGGCAGGCUGUCAAAGAGAUUGUGCAUAGCAGUAUGCAUGUUGUAGAACAUGAAUCAAAGUUGGAGAUGGUCAAUGAUAGGAUCCUAUCAGAGUCAUGGAGUAUUGAGAGCAGGUAGCACUAUUUCCCCCAUUACAAGGAUCGACAAGGGAUAUUAUAUUUUUGUGGGCUUAGGUCAAGGCUGUGGUGGAUGAUGAGUUGAAAGGUGAGUUCUCAAUGUUGAUCCAUUGUUUGUUCAUUAGGGAAGAUUCCCCAUGGGCAUUCAUGGCCGUGAACAGUCUGAAUGAGGGUGAAGAAAGCUUGAGUUUUGGUUAGAGCUCAAUGUGGUUAUAGAAGAUGAGAUCUGCUGUAAUUUCAAGGAGGGGAUGAUAUGGAUACUAUAUGACCGUAUUAGUUGAUACGAUAUCUAUAUUCAAAUCUUUGGUUGAGGGAUGGGUGAGUUCUCAUUUGGGCAUUCUCUUCAGAGCAAAUUGAAAGAGUAGAGUAAAUAUACUUGUGGCAGAGGCAUUUUAAGAAAGAGAAUCUUGAGUAGGAUCACUGCGAUUUAUGUGAUCAAAGAUUUUGAAUCCAUGAAUGGUGAUCUCAAAGGGGAAAGGUUCUUAAGCUAGAAUAUAUGUAAGUGUAGAGAAGGAAAGAGUCCUUAUGGAGAGAAAAGUAUAGGACCACAAUUAAAAGAGGGAACAACAACACUGUUUUUUGUCAAAAAAGGCUAAAUGGAGGAGAAUUGCAUUCAUAAUCUAAUAUUUUUGGUUCAAAUUCGAGGGAUGUUCAGUUAUUUCCUUAAACGGAGUUCGAAGCUUGGGAGCUCGAGAAUUAAUUCGACUCUGGGGGAGGUUCCAACAAGCGUCUGCAUGCCAUUGGCAGUGAUGGAAAAUGAAGAUCUGAUGGUGGAUGAGGCUUUGAAUGCGCUGGUAGAGGUCACGAGGGUAGAAGACUUGGAUACUCCCGUGAGCUCUUUGGGGUUGGAGGUGUAUCAAGAUAUGCUUGAUGAGUUCUUUAUGGAGGAUGAUGUGGUGCCUGUGGGUAACGUUGGUCAGAGAGAUAUACUUGAUGUCAUCCUAGUAGUUGCAGGAGAAGGAGAGGUGGCUUGCAGGCAUCAUAAUUGAAAAACCGAUAGAAGAAUCCUCAAUCAUGUUGCUAUGGUGAAAGAUAAGAGGUGGAUAAGGGAAGCUUUAAUGCAUGUGGGUAGACAGAUCAAAGUUAUGUUCACGGACAGAGAGGAAGAUUACUAUGAAUUGUUCCGAUUUGUGGGGGCUCAUAGAAUAUAAAAGUAGCAGUCAAUUUCUCUCAAGAGGUUUUUUUUUUUUUUAAAUAAUAAUAAUAACAGUGGUUGUAAGGUUGACCAUUGUAAGGUUUUGGCCCCAACUUCCCAACUUUUGAAUUUUUUUGGGCCAAAAUGCCAUUCUGCCAGUUAUUGCAGCGUACAAUGGUUGCUUAUCUUGGAAGUUGAAAAGUUUUUUUUUUUUUUUUUUUAAAACGAGAGUGGGUCCCACUAAAUCAAUGUUGGGCCCACUAUAUGAGAGAUUCGAUCCGUUCAUUUUAUUUGAGGCAUCCUGGUACCUCAUAAGGUGUUGAUAUCAUCUUGAUCUGAGCCCUCUUUAGUUCCAAAUGGAAAUAAUGGUGGCCUCUUCUUUUUUUUUGAGUUGUUUCAUCUGGUGUGGUCUACCCUUGAUGUCUUCUUUCCUCACUCUUGGGGUCAUGCCCUUAAAUUAAUUUUUCAUUCAAAUGGUCCGGGUGGAUUUUAGCAAAUACGCAUAGUGGGCCUCGCAAAACCAGUUCGAAAACCUAAAUGUGGGGCUAAGACCAAACUUUGGACCCCAUUUGCAUUUUUUUCGAAGUUUGUUUUAGAUAGAGGGGACCACCACCGCAGAAGGCUGUUGGAAGUUGCUGCUUCCUCUAUGGGACCUAUUCCUUCGAGAUUCUGGUGUAUUUCCGGUGACUUUUUCGAGUUUUUUUUUUUUUCCAGAAAGUGUGACCACCAACCAUUCCGAAAGUUCUGACUGUUGGAAGGUAGCUGUGCGGGGCCACUAUAAACACUGGUUGCUCUCCGACAAGCCUCCAACAAACUAUUUACUUCGUUGUGGGAUCCACACCAACUUUCGGCGAACUAAGGAUACUUGCUGGUUCUCCAUUGUAAAAUUGAUAAGGAUCUCUGUUGGAUUGCCAUUAUCAUCCUUUAGAGAUUGCUAUUGGGGAAGGAGUUGGGAUCAAUGAAGAAGAUGGAUAGGGAGGAGAUAGGAAAGGAAGACGAAGAGAAGAGAAGUGCGGAAGGAGAUGAUCACACCUAGGUGUUGUGGAUCGCACUUGAGAUUUGUGGAUCACACCUGUUCCCCUCUUUCCAAGAAAAAAUAAUUCUGAAAAAAAUGCAAAUGGAGUUCAAGGUUCGGUUUUGGCCCCACACAUAGGUUUUUCGAUUGAUUUUGUGGGGCCCACUAUUCGUAUCUGCUAAAAAUCUUAUCCGACCAUUCGAAUAGGGGAUUAAUUUUAGGGCAUGGCCCCAAGAAUGAGGGAAGAUGACAUCGAGGGUGGACCCACACCAAAUGAAACAACUUGAAAAGAAAGGCCACCAUUAUCUCCAUUAAGGGGCCACAGAGUGCUCGAAUCAAGAUGAGUAAAAUGAACAGAUCAGAUCUCCCAUGGAGUGGGCUCAACAUUGAUUUAGUGGGAACCACUUAUUUUUUUUGAAAAAAGUCUUUUCAACUUCUGAGACAAGCAACUGUCAUACACUGCAACAACUGGCAGAAGGGCAUUUUGGUCCAAAGGAUGAGAGGGCCCAGAUUCAGGAGGUUUGUAGGAAAGCCAAGGUGCAAAUUAUCUCGUUCUAGGAAGCACAAAUUCAAGGCUUUGACAAGAGAAUGUCAGAGUUUGUUUAGGAUGCUAACGGUAAGGAAUGGGUGGCAGUCUUGCUGGGCUCUGUUGAUGAUAUUGUUGUAGCUUGGGAUUAAUUUUUUCAAAUGGUAUAAACGAUCAUGUGUGACCCAAGGGGCUUGUGUACUUAUGCAAUGGCAUGGACGCAUAUGCAAUGGUACAACCCCUAAACCUUUUUUUUUUUUUUUUUAAUAAAAAGAGAAAAA